UCUGCCGGCGGAGGCGGCCCCGGGAAGGCGGCUCCGCGCCGGGCCCGGCUCUGCCAUGGGCCGAGCCCCCCGGGGCUCGGCGGCAGACGAGCUGGCCAACGCCGCCGCCCGCGGGGACCUGCGGCGCCUCGAGGAGCUGCUGGACGGCGCCGCCGACCCCAACGCCGUCAACUCCUUCGGCAGGACCCCCAUCCAGUUUUACAGGCAAUGCUUGCGAAACUCUCUCCUACAAAAUGUCGGUGCAGCAUUUCACUCGAAACACGCAUGUGAUGCCGUCCUCCGGCGUGUUUAUUUCUGCACCUUUGUGCAGCAGGUAUUUACCCCUUGCGCUGAACGCGCUGCCGGCUGCUCUGGGGAAAACGCAGCUUCGAAAGCGGUGAUGAUGCUGGGCAGCCCGCGGGUGGCCGAGCUGCUGCUGCAGCGCGGGGCCGACCCGAACCGCCCCGACCCGCUCACCGGCUGCUUCCCGGCGCACGACGCGGCCCGUGCCGGAUUUCUGGAGACGCUGGCGGCGCUGCACCGCGCCGGGGCCCGCCUCGACCUGCGCGACGGCCGCGGCCGCCUCCCCCUCGACGUGGCGGCGGGGGGCCCGCACGGAGCCGUGGCCCGGUACCUGCGGCACCCGCACCCCCCCGGGGGGCCCUGCCCGGGCGCCGUCCCCGCGGAGGAGCAGAAGCCGAGCAGCUGUGGAUGAACCCCCGCAUCGCCUUUCGCUGCUCGGACGCGUGAAGGACCGGCGGGAUGUGAAUCGUUCCGCUCGCUACACUUGGCCCGAGUCUGUGUGCUGCCGUGCACUUGGAGCCUCACGCCUCGCGCUUUUUUUCGCGUAAGGUACCAAAUACUGUGAAGAGAAAUAAAUAUGAAGGAAAACCCCCACACGGAUGGCACAAUAAACCCUUCGUGUUUUGACAGAACCGCCUCUGGGAUCUCUGUUUAUCCUCCUCCCCGCUUGCCCUUCCCAGCCUGAAGAGGGCUCCGAGCCGUCUGGUCUUUAUUUGAUUUCAGACUCAAAAUCCGUCUCGCGGGGCGCUGAAGCCAAUCCCUGCCCCUCCCUAGCAAAACCGGCCGGGACAGAGGGGGAUUGAGUCUUCCCAGUGCAAUUGCAGCUUUGGCAAAUACCUUCUUAGCGCCACGCGUGCAUGUCUGUACACGGGCCCGCGGUGCAUCCGUGGCUCUUCUCUUGAGGGCUGUGAUCUUGGGACCUGGGAACGAAGUCAAAGCGAUUUAUGCCUCUGCAAGCCCGAUACCGCCCUCGCGUGAAGUAAUACGUGUUUACCAGCUCGCAGAUGACCUUCCUGAGUUAUUGUAAGUUUACCACUAUUUGGGAGAAAUCAUGGGGGCUGCGAAACGAAGGGCGCGUAGAACUAACAAAAAAAUCGUACAGACAAGCUCGGCCCCAGGGUUUCCCAGUUUUCUCCAGGGUGGCACGUUUGGUGAAGGAAAAAAGCCAAGCCGUCGGGACAACAAGCAUUUGCAAACGGCUGCGGUGCCGGGGAGUGGGUUCAUUACCAGGGAGCUGAGCCGUAUUUCGCUGGUCGCUCCCCCGGCACGAAUGGGAGAACCUUCCUCCCUCCCGGACCCCCGCGGUUCUGUACCCACACCCGUGCAACAGGGACAGGGGAGGGGAAGCAAGGCAGGGCAGCGGGAGAGCUCUCUGCUCCUUCCCCAGAGCAAAUCCCAGCGCAAAAAAAUGCCUGCAGACAAAUCAAGGAGAAAAAAAGCGCCUCUUCGUUUUGCAUACCUACUGAGUGUCCACUCCUAGGUAUUUUAUACAUCGACGUUAAAAAGCGUAUAUAUGCACUUUUAUACAAUGUAUCGCAAUGUAUAUUUUAUUACCAAAUAAUUUAAUAUGAUACAUGUUUUAGAAUUACUUAAUACAAGUUUGUGCAUUGUUAAAUAUGUAGUUAUGCCAUUUAUGUACAUAAGACGUCUAUGUAAUACCCAUAUAAAAAUAUAUAAUAUGCUUAUAUAAAUCAUUAUGAUUAUAUAUCAAGCCUAUAUAUUUGUUUCUCUAUUAUUUUUCUAUAUAAUAUUCUUAUGUUUAAUAAUAACUACAUUAUAUGCAUUUAGCGUAUGUACCAAACUCCUCAAAUUAUAUUUAGUCUGUAUUAGUGCUUCUUUAGUGUAA